AUGUUUACUUUCAAGUUUGUACCUGGAAAGGACAUUCCUGUAGCAGAUACACUCAGUCGUGCAUUCUUACAUGUUUCAAAUCCAGAAAUACCUGAAUCUGAACUAAAUUGUUUUGUACACAUGAUUAACGAUCAGGGAACAAUUUCCAAGUCGAAAUUGUCCGAGUUUGCUACGGAGACCUCAAAGGAUCCUGAUUUACAGAAAUUAAAGAAUUGUGUACUAAAUGGAUGGCCAGGCAAGGCGAGACAAGUUGAUCCUGCUGUAAGGCCAUAUUACAGUUUUCGAGACGAAAUCACGCUAUAUGAAGACGUCUUGCUUAAAUGUAACAGAAUCAUUGUACCAUCAAGUCUUCGAGAUGAAAUGCGACAAAAGAUCCAGCAUGGUCAUUUUGGAAUAGAAAAGUGUAAAGCUCGUGCCAGAUCAACACUUUAUUGGCCAGGUAUGAUUAGUGAAAUUGUUGAUAUUGUUUCUAAGUGUGAUGCUUGUGUGGAAAACAGAAAUCAUCUGCCGUCUGAAAAACUGAUUCCUCAUGAAGUUCCAUCAACUCCUUGGGAAAAAGUGGGAACUGAUCUGUUUCAGUUAAAGAAUAAAGAUUACCUGAUUGUUGCUGACUAUACAUCGAAGUAUUUCGAAGUAAGUGCUCUUCCAAAUACCCUAGCUUCGACUGUUGUGCAACAUGCCAAAAGUAUAUUUGCUCGAUUUGGUAUACCUAAGACUGUAGUUAGUGACAAUGGUCCUCAAUAUUCUUCGCAUCAAUAUAAAACAUUUUAA